AUGAUGCUGGAAGUGUCGCCCCGUGAGGCCUGUGCACUCAUCGUGUUCACAGUUGCACUGCUCACGGCCUGGAACGCCAACUCUAACGGCUUCGUGUGGGAUGAUCGCUCCGCCGUUCUAGCCAAUGACGACGCUCAAAGCAGCAGUCUGAUCGACGUCUUCUCGCAUGAUUUCUGGGGAACACCAAUCCGAUCCGUCCAUAGCCACAAGAGCUAUCGCCCGCUGACGAUACUAAGCUUCCGACUCAAUUAUCUCAUGGCCAAGGGUCAUAGUGCCUGGCUUUACCACUUCACCAACGCAGUGGUGCAUGCCGGGUGCUCGGUGCUCGUGUGGAAGGUGGCGGACGUACUGUUUCAGCAACAUCAGCGGCGGAUGGAGACCGUAACCAUUAAGGAGAACCCACAAGAUUCGUCACCAAUAGAGAGCAAUACUGUAAUGAAGACAGAAAAUGCUGUAGAGUGGACGAAUCUGGUGGGGGCUUUGACAGCAGGUUUGCUGUUUGCUGUUCACCCGAUUCAUUGCGACGCUGUGGCAAGUAUUGUCGGAAGGGCAGACUUGUUGUGCACCUCACUGUCAUUGUCAGCGUUUCUAGCUUAUACCAGUGGGGCGAAGAAGCGCGAGACGUCGUGGAGACAUGUGAUGGUGGCUUUGGCGCUGACGAUUGUGGCGGGGUUGUGCAAGGAGUUGGGGUUCACGAACUUUGCCCUCCUGAUGGUGUAUGAUCUAUUGAGGAUUCAUCGGUACCGAAAUGUGCAAAGAGGAUUACAAUUGGUGCAAAGGAGAUUACUGGUGACGGUGACCACGGGGAUAGUUGCUGCUCUUGUGCGGGUGUGGAUAAAUGGCGAGCACCGCCAGAUGGAGUGGAACAUCCUUGCCAACAGUGUGGUGGUACAGGAAAGCAGGUUGACCAGAAUGCUGUCCUAUUCACAUCUGCACGCAUGGUAUUUGUGGAAGCUCGUGUGGCCUCGGUGGCUGUGUUUCGACUACGGAUACAAUACCAUCCCAGUUAUCGAAUCUAUCGUGGACCCACGUAACAUAUACACACUCUUUGCGUACGUGAUUGUAGCGGUAGGCCUUCGCAGUGCCAUACUCCAGCUGUUCGGAUCAAGUAAAGCCCCACCAUCGUCUUUAUUUAUGAUGAGUAUCGCGUUUGGAGUAGUCCCCUUUAUCCCGGCUUCGAACAUGUUAUUCCCAGUUGGUACCGUGGUUGCAGAGAGGCUGUUGUACUUCCCUAGUGUCGGCUUCUGUCUUCUCGUUGGGUGUCUACGCAACGCUGACUGGAUGAGUGAACAAACGCUCUUUAAGGCGGCAGUGGACGUAGUGCCCACUAACGUCAAAGUUCUUUCAAACGAAGCGAAAAAUCUACUGAAUCCGGAUCCAAAAAAGGCUCUCGACUAUCUGCGCAUUGCGAUCGGAAUGAUACCGAAGCACAUUGAAAGUCAGACGAACGCUGGACUCGCUUUUAUCACGCUCGCGGCAAGAAAGGGUCUGGACGAAGAUCUCUAUCUCCACGGAAUACGUCACCUCCACAAGUCAUCUGUGCUUGCUCCGAAUCACUUCCAGGCUGUCGGAUUUAUUGGCGGCGAGCUCUAUACACACUGGAUGAACAAGGCACGACUACGCUCCGAAGAGGUUACUAUCGGAGACUUUCUCGCGAGUGAAUCCAUUGUACAAGCGACGAAGUUCCUGGACCGCGCAAUCGAUCGCAAUAGUGUCUACCCAACCCAUUUCUACAACCGAGGCAGCAUCGCCUACGAAAGUGGCGACUAUGACGAAGCUAUCCGGUUCUUCCGGCUGACAGAAGUGGCUAAUGGCGUUAUCCGGGACCGGAGAGUUGACCCCGAGCUGCUUGUGGAAGCUUCGUCUAUCUACAAUAUGCUGGGUGUAUCGUACAGGAAUAAAGGGGAAUCAGAGAAGGCUCUGGAGAUGUUACGCAAAGGUAUCGAGCUGUACCCGAAAGAGAUCGAUCUCCACAUUAAUGCUGCUCUGAUUCUGCAUAAUAUUGGUAAUACGGAUGAGGCUGCUGCACAAAUAAAGGCUGGGUUGGCCACUGCCACGAAGCAAGAGCACAUCGCGAGGCUUCGCAGUGCUGCAAAGCUACUGGAAAACUCGAAGAUUAUGUACGUUGUGGAGGCACUCUUGGAUCACGCCGCAAAACUCGAGCAAGCCUUCCUAUGA